AUUCCGUUUUGUGAAAUUUUACUAUUAGUUGCUAUUCGUCGCUUUCGUUGCCAUCGUCGGCGUUGACGUCGACGUCGUAUCACAAACAUUACGGCGCUGACAACAAAUGUGAGCGCACGCGCGCGCGCGCAUGUGUACGACAUUAGACUUUGUCGCCGUCAUCUCUCGGUAGCACAGCACAACUCAAGCGGGAUUGUUCGUUCGUUGGCGAGCAGAGAUAGGUUAACCGUCUAUCUGUCGAUUGUGCUACACAGGACUUGUAUUGUCUAUUUAUUCGAUUGCUCGUUCGCCCGCGCGGCGUAUGCGGGGCGUGAAGAUGCCAAGAGUCAGCCGCGAGGAAUGCCCGCCGUCGUCGCCGCCGUUACCGCCACCACCUCCUCGUUGCCGUGUCCCUCGCCAGUAUCUUCGCGAAGUGGACGUCCGAGGAGGAUUUCUUUCCACGAUAUCAUAAAGUACUUGUCACUUGGACGGACUCAACGUGUUAGACUUCACAUCUCUCACCUACAUUCCUACGCUGUUUGCUAACAUAUUUCGUCGUUUGUAACCACACUAUUGCAAUACGACGUUGUUGUGUACGGUCAAGAGACAUUCGAGCGAAAGUGUUUCUGAGUCUUGGAGUGUGUUGUGAUUGAAUUAGCUGCACACUACUUAGCCACCUCCAACCAUGAUGCUGGGAAAUAUCCAUAGCAGGGCCAACUAGCAGUAAUCUUCGUUCUAUACAUUUAUAUCAUAAACAGAUUAAAGUUAGGUCCCAAAGGGCCUAGCAUGGGCCACUAUGAAUCCGCCCGCUGCCGGCAAAUCGAGCACCCGCGGCUCUGGAUACCACCAGAAGGCUUUAGCUGAGAUUCGCAAUUCUUUACUACCAUUCGCAAAUAUUGGCGGGGUUGGCGAGGUGGGUUCCAGCGCCGCUAGUACCAUUUCUACCGUAUCUACGACAAGUGGCAUUAGCUCUGCCUCGGGUCUCAGUGGUCUCUCUGGCGCUUCUGGUUCCAUCGCAGAUAAACCGGAUCAGCGACAGGCGUUGGGACAACUGUUAGCUAUGGGAUAUUCGGAGGAAGUAGGAUUACGUGCCUUGAAACUUGCGGGAUGGCGAUUAGAUGCGGCGAUAGAAUACUUGAAGCAAACACAAGGGGAAUCUCUAAAUGGGCUUGGUAAACUCAACACUAAACUUAUCAGGAAGCCGAGUCUUGAGAGAGAAUUAAACCUACAACGUGGCAGUCCCGCUCUGGACAGCGGGGCGGGCAGCUCGCGAUCUGAUAGUCCUCGCCUUACUGAACUCGGCACACAUCCACAGUUGAGUCGCCAGUAUUCCCCCAGUAAUUUUGUAGAACGUGAACCGCCGCCUCCACCACCACCUCGGUGUAGUUCCACACCACCGCCACCCCCACCACCUCACGCACCGUACAAUCAAUCCAAUGUGCCUACCAACAUGCAGCAGAUGCUCAAGCGGAUGUCACCUGCGCCGGUCGUGCCGACGAGAUCGACAGCAACGGCAUCCGGCACGGCCGGCGCUACUUCAACGUCAGUAAACCCACCGCAACGCGGAACUAGUCCGGUAGCGAACGCCAAUAACUCCAACAGCCGUCAACCGAUGAUUGUACAAAAUGGUCCGCAAGUGCAGCAGCAACUGACGCAACAAAUGCAAGCGCUCAGUAUUUAUCAGACUAAUAGCAAUGCGAAUACCCAGGUUGAGCCGCCGCCACCAUAUCCGAUAGUUCCAUCUUCAUCCUCCAAUCAAUUAGUACAACCACCUUCUUACAGUGUUUCCAUGCAGAAUCGGCAGAGUCCCACGCAGUCACAGCAGGAUUAUCGUAAAAGUCCAUCGUCGGGUAUUUACUCGGGGCCGACAUCCGCUGGGACACCCAGUCCUAUCACUGUAGCUACAAUAUCGCCCACCAGUACACAGACAUCGAUGGCGCGGCCAACACCGCUGCAAGCGUGGAGCGCGCGUCAGGCCAAGACGCAACCGCCAAUUAUCAUGCAAUCGGUGAAAAGUACUCAAGUGCAGAAACCGGUGCUGCAAACUGCUAUCGCACCUACGACGCCGCAGUCGAUCUCUACUACUAAUAACACACUACUUCCGCCCUCUUACGCCUCCUCUAUUCAGCAGAAGCAACAGCAACAGCCACCACCUGCUUAUCCACCCGUAAAUAAUGUGACUGGGUCGCCCGCUGGUAUACCGACAACGGAACCACCGAGUUAUGCUACGACUAUGCAGGCGUUAGCAGCGCAGCGUGGUAUACACCAUCCACCGCCGCCACCUUACAGUACUCCCGAGGACACUACAAUUAUUUCCUCGACGAUGGAAAGUAGUAGCGCAUCGCGAACUUCUCCCGUCGCCCAUCAUCCGCCACUUCAAAGGAAAUACUCACCGGCUGAUAACUGCCAACACACGAUGGACACUCCACCGUUGCCACCAGUUGCUUCGACUUCCGUAUCUGCGAGGAAUAACAACAAUCAUUCAUCCCUGCCCGAAGGUACCGUUGUCAGUACCAAGAAUAGUUGUGGUACGAAAGGCGAUGGCAGCGGUGGUACGCCCUCAUCUUUCAAAAUUAAGCAUCAGUCUCCCAUACCCGAGCGCAAGACUAUGAGUAUAGAGAAGGAAGAGGAGCGCAGGGAUUGCAAGGUGAGAAAUUAUUCCCCCCAAGCUUUCAAAUUUUUUAUGGAACAGCACGUAGAGAACAUCCUCAAAUCGCACAAGCAGCGUUUAUAUCGGCGUAUGCAACUGGAAACGGAGAUGGCGAAGAUUGGUCUGAGUGCAGAGGCGCAAUGCAUGAUGAGAAAGAUGCUGUCGCAGAAGGAAUCCAAUUAUAUUAGAUUAAAACGAGCAAAAAUGGACAAAUCAAUGUUCACAAAAAUCAAACCGAUUGGCGUCGGCGCAUUCGGCGAGGUCACGCUUGUGAGGAAACUUGACACCAAUCAGUUUUACGCGAUGAAGACUUUACGCAAGGCUGACGUGCUAAAUCGCAAUCAAGUCGCGCACGUGAAAGCUGAGCGUGAUAUAUUGGCAGAGGCUGACAAUGAAUGGGUCGUCAAACUCUACUACUCGUUUCAGGAUAAGGAUAAUUUAUAUUUUGUCAUGGAUUACAUACCUGGUGGGGAUUUGAUGUCGCUACUCAUUAAACUGGGUAUAUUCAAAGAGCCACUCGCGAGAUUCUAUAUCGCUGAACUUACGUGUGCGGUUGAAAGUGUUCACAAAAUGGGAUUUAUCCAUAGGGACAUAAAACCGGAUAACAUUCUAAUCGAUCGUGACGGACAUAUCAAAUUAACUGACUUUGGCCUGUGUACAGGAUUCCGUUGGACUCAUAAUUCUAAAUAUUACCAACAAAACGGCCAUGGUAAACAAGACUCAAUGGAUCCAGCUGACGAUUGGAACAACGAAUGUCAAUGCAUACAGUUAAAACCAUUAGAGCGUAGAAGACACAGGGAGCAUCAAAGAUGUUUGGCGCAUUCUCUGGUCGGAACGCCGAAUUAUAUUGCACCAGAAGUUCUACAGCGUACAGGAUAUACACAGUUGUGUGAUUGGUGGAGUGUAGGAGUAAUCUUGUAUGAGAUGUUAGUCGGCUCUCCACCAUUUCUUGCCAAUACUCCUGCUGAAACUCAAUUUAAGGUCAUUAAUUGGGAGACGACACUUCAUAUACCGAAACAAGCAAAUCUCUCACCGGAAAGUAUGGAUUUAAUUCUGAAGCUUUGUGUCGGCGCUGAUCGUCGCUUAGGUAAAAAUGCGAACGAAGUUAAAAAUCAUCCGUUCUUUGCGAAUAUCGACUUCGAAAAGGGACUACGACGCCAGAUGGCCCCACACAUACCACGUAUAGAAUAUCCAACUGAUACAAGCAAUUUCGAUCCCGUGGACCCCGAUAAAUUACGCAAUUCUGAAUCUUCAGAUUCGAACAAAUCGGAUGAAUUGCUGGAUAAUGGGAAGCCGUUUCAUGGCUUUUUCGAAUUCACAUUCAGACGCUUCUUCGACGACGGUGGUGGUCCUGCGUAUCCUAAUCGGAUUAGCUUGGAUGACAACGAUAAUCAAGGUCCUGUUUACGUAUGACAUUAGAUUAAAUUUUACAUCUUAUAGGCACUUUGUUGUCUGUCGUUCCCCUGUUUCGAUACUUGUCUGUUGAUUCAUUUCUGUUCGUUAUUUCCACCAAAGUGUCCAAGUUUUAAUUAAAUUUUAUUAUACGUUAUGUUAUAUGAUUCUCCGUCUGUUGUUUCAUCUGUUCUCUGAACUUAUAAAUCUAAGAAUUUGUUAUAACGAAAUCUGUUUAAACGAAUCUGUCCUUUUCAACAAUGGACUCAAGAAUGAUCAUGCUAAUUUAAACUUCAAAGAGAUUAGAUGUAUUUCUAUUAUUUUAAAAUUCAUAAAAGGCUUAUUAAAUAAAGUAGUUUAUUGUAAGUACGUUUACAAGGAUCACCAUAUGUUUCUUUUCUUCUUUUUAUUUUAUUAUUCUCGGUUUAUAAUAGGUAUAAUAAGUCUUAAGAAAUUGACCAAUCACCUUCAAAUACAAGUAGAAUAUAUCAUUAUUGUUGAUCAAUUUCUCGUGGUUUGAUUUUCUAUACAUAUUAUAGUCCGAGAUUUAAGUGUAUCAGACUUUUAAAAGAAGAAAAAUGUCAAUCGUAUACACAGUUAUUAUCUUGGUUUUAUUUGUUCUUGAAAGUUGUUUCUUAUUUCAUUACAAUAAUAUUUUUCUGCUUAAAGUAGCUGUGUCGAUAAAUUAAUUAACUAAUAUUUUGAUGAGUUAAUCAAGUUAAAUAUUUUUGUUAAUCAAAUUAAAUGUCAUUAAAUGUUUAUGUGAUUAAAAAAGUUGACCAUCUAAAAUUAUUUUUAUUAUUGAAAUUACUAUUUACGUAUAUAUCAAGUAAAGAUUAAUAUUAAAUAAAUCAAAUUAAUAAUGGUAAGGUCAAAAAAACGAUAAUAAAUAACUACUUUUUACAUAUUCGACGAUACAGUGACAAUCAAUUUAUUAUUAUACGAUUUGAAGAAGCUAAGUAAAGACGAUAUUUUGUAGUCAGAACAUAAGACUCGUUUUGUGUAAGAAUAUUUUAUAAUUAUACACUUUCUAUCCAAAUUUGUUCAUUUUUUUUUACCUUAUCAUUAUUUAUUUGAGCAUAUACGAGCCUAUUUUAUUAUUUUGAUUAAAUAAAUCAUAUUUAAAAUUUUUACUAAACGCAACUAAAUUUUGGAAACAUAUUGAUAUAUGGAUAUUAUAAACAAUCUUAUUGACAUUUAGUUUUAAAAAUCUAACUAUGAAAAGAAAUAUGUGAUAUAAAACUCAACAUAUGAAUAAUUUGAACUAAAGACUCAAACUUUAAAAAAUCAUACUUUUUCGUGCAGAUGGUCAUUGCUUUUCUGAAAAUUGUUUCCUCAAUUUUUUUUUUUUAUGAGUUCUAGGUAGUCGCCCGAAAACUCUACGUUGACGGUGAUGACAUAGUAUCGCGGAAAAAAUUAAAACUAAUAAACGUGAAACAUAACAUGUUGACGACGAAAUUCUUGCAUGUUAUUUCAUUAUUAUAUUCAGUGUGAAAAUGUAACUUGUAUCUACCAAAUUUAUAAAAAUAGGCCGCCAGUAAAGUUAUCUUGGAAUUUUAUAUGUAAAAAUCUAUUUUUUACUCUUUUCAAUAGUUAUCCGUGUGUUUUUUUGACUGAAUAAGCUUCACUUUAGGUGCUUUUUAUGACUAUUUACUGACUGACAAGGAAGAAAAGAAUCAACCAAAUUAAUUUUUAUAAGUGUUUUAAAGUAUCUCAUUAUUUUGUUUUAUCAACACACAAAUUCUCUUCAUUUACAAAUGGUACGCAAAAAAUUUAUGUAUGAUUUUUGCUUAUGACGUCACGAUUUCAAUAUGACCGCAACGAUUACUCAGGUGGCUUAAUAUUGCAAAAUAACAUUCUAUUAAUAAUAAAUAUGGCAUACACAUACAUAUACAUUUUUAUGUGACUUGUAAGUGAGUUACUUUUAUAAAAAACAUUAAUGACAAUAGAAGACAACGAACAUUAUGUGUUUAAGAGGAAUAGAAACUUUAGUAGAAACUUUUAAUCAAAAACUGGUAAUCUUUGAUUUUUUAUUAUAGGCAUAGGAUGAAUUUAAUUCGAAUAAGAAAGGCAUUAUGUUUUGGAAGUUAUGUACUAUAGAAUAAACAAAAUAAAAAAUGAUCUGGUAAAAAAAUAACAAAAUAAUAGCAAAAUACAGAAAAUGAAGUUUUUUAUUAUCAUAAAGUAUAAAUAUAAAUAACAGUAUAAAGUUGAUUGUAGUUUG